AUGAGUUGGAUUUGGAAGGAACAGAGUUUCAUGGAGCAGGUCUGCAACGAAUUCCUCUCGUUCAACCUGGGAACAGUGGUACCGGCGCAACUGCUGUCGACAUCAGCGAGCCUUAACGCAGCAGUGAACUACAUGGUGAGAAUCAUCAACAAAACGCUCGAAAAAAACGGAACGCUGAUUAACGCGCAAGUGUACAAGAGCAUUUUGAAGUCGAAGGAGGUUAUCAGCACGACGGACAGCAUCCUGUGGCAGCACCUGCAGGACGCAGUGACGUCAGCAGCCAGCGGAAACUACUCGCUGCUAUACGGCUUCAUAUUCAGCAUGAUCAACAGAGUGAGAGACCUGCAGGAGGACGAGUGGAUACUGGUGCCGGGAGGAGUGCUGCUUUCGGAAAACACGCCAGCAGAACAGCUGAGUUACGCAGUGCACAAGCUCAGAGGAACGGGAAGUUACAUGUUCGUCGUGAUCAACACGGGAGGGCUGGGCCUCAAGUACCACUCGUACAGAGUAAACAAGGGAACGAAGCUGGGAACGCUGCAGAGAGACGCGACGCUGGUGCUUAAAGACGUGAAGCCAGAGGCGCUGCUGCACUCAGCCUUCUGGUUCAUGCUCUACAGACUGCUCUAUGUGCCGAGCACGCACAACUACGAGAUCCUGUAUACGGUGCUGCUCCCCUUCCUUAACAACAAGUCGCUGCCGCUAAACUGGAGAGUGGACAACCUGAAGAACGUGAAGCCGACACAGCAGACGGCGCAGACGACGCAAGACGACGGGAACAAGAAGCUGCUGAUAGAAGCGUUCACGCAGCUGCACGAGUCUCACGAGUCAAAGCAGACGAAGACGGAGAGCGCAAGAAGCCUGUCGAUGGAGAUCAACAAGAACCUGGGAGGAGUGUGGUUCGACGUGCCAGUUAACACAUAUAAGCCAGCGAUGAUGAUAGACGCACUGUCAGCGCUGGUGGAGAUCAUACUGCUGCAAAACGGAGUUGAGGCGCCGGAAGUGGAUCUGGUGUUCAUCAUGCUGCAGCUGUCGACGUGCCUGCUGAUCUACGAGGAGAUGGAAAAGCUGACGGCUAAGGAGGCUCUGGCUAGUCUGGGCCACCGCAGCACAGUGCUCUUCAUACAGCUCUCCUGCAAAAAGCUGACCAUGAUGGCAGCAGAGUCCCUGCUCUCAGAAAGCAGCAAGAAGAAGCUGAUCGACAUCGACGAGGACGCGCUCACAAUAGAGCUGGCGGCGCACCUCUCAAACAGCAUAUACCAGACUUCAGGAGACGAGGAGGUGAGCACGAAGAUGGUGAGCAUGUCGGGAGGAGUUAACACGAGGAAGGAGCUGUACAGCCUGAUCUGCUACCUAGUUAACAGCAUCAACAAGAAGCUCCACGAACUCAUUCCGAAUCAGCUGCUGGGCAUGGGAAAGGGCUCGUGCACAAUGGACAGGAAAAUGUGCGCAAUAGGAAGCAACUUCGGCCUGAACUUCGAGUUUGAAAACUUCGGAAAGUUCAGGCUCGACGGCGCGAACGUUAACGAGCUGGCGAAGGGGACAGUGAAGUCGCUGCUGCUGUUGCCGGUGGAGCUGACGAGCGUGGAUUACCCGGUGAAGGACUACACGGACGUCUGCAAGGUGCUGCGGGAGUGCGUGCAGACGUGCACGAUCCUGAGUAACCAGAGGGACGCAAUGCCCUACACGUACGCAUGGCGCUACCAGCUGAUCAAGCACGUUGUCCUGGAUCUGCUGCCGAUACCGCUGCCGAGGAGGCAGCCGGCGGAAGCACGGUCGGGGCAGACUUCAGGGCCUGCGACGAACGGGUCGGACGCCGGUUCAGUGGACCAGGCGCCAGACGUGCGAGUGGAUUUCUGGAACAGCAUGGAGAUACUGCGGGAGACGCAGCUGGACCUGCUGAGGCUGCUGCAGCUGCUGGCAAGGCACCUGUGCGCGGUCUUCUGCUCGCUGGUGAAGACGAGGCCCAUCGAGGGGGAGAAGGCGAUCCUGCUGGCGGCGAUCUGCUCGAUCACGGACGCGGUGGUGCGGAAGAUCGCGAUCGACACGCCGUCGUACCUGUCGCUGUUCUACUCAGGAAAAUCGGAUGGACCAGUGGGAUCGUUUGGAUUCUUCCUGGGCAAUUUUGCAAACGAGUCGUCGUACUACGGGCUGACAGAUCCGAUGCUGGUGAUCGUGAGGAACAAGGUGCUGGAGUACUUUAAGUCGCUGGAGCCGACAGUGGACAAGUACAACGUGCUGUUCACGUGGGAAAAUAACAUGGAGAUAAGUAAGGGAGACGAGCUGCUGCUGCAGCUGCUGGCAGUGCAAAUGGGAUUCACGAGGAACCAGGAGGACAUAAGGAAGUACUACAUCAGCGAGUCGAGCGAGUUCAGCUGCAUAUUCCCGGAGUUCGCAAACCUGAGAGACGUGGCGUUCCUGGCAAAAUCGAUAGGAUGGUCGCAGAACUCGAUACCGCUGAGCAGGUACUCACUGGAAGAUAGCACGCUAAAGUACACGCUUAACAGCAGCAGCACAAUAAGCGUAAAGGUGUUUGGAAAGAGUCUGAAGGUGGGAGCGAUAGUGACAGGAAACAGAAGAGGAGUAAACGUCAACUACUACAGAAAGAUGAUGAAGUGGUUCUCAGGAAGCAGCAGUAAGAACAUAGCGAGCGCAGCAGACCCACAUAACCUGACGGACAUAGAAAUCAAUAACGAGACCGACGUGCUGCACCUGAGCUCGUUCCCGGACUACGGAGGGAAGCUGGGCAGAAGAGACAGCGAAAUACUGCUGCAGUACCUGACGGCGAGCUACGUGAGGAUUCCGCUGGUGACGCAGUUCUUCAGCGACGAGGCGAAUCUGCAGGCGCUGGUGAGCGAGGAGCUGCAGAAGGUGGUGGUGGCGAGCAUCUUCGAGCCGGGGACGUGGCAGAGUAGCAAGAUAGGCUUCAAGCUGCCGCAAACGGCACCAGUGCAGAGCAGAGACGUGCUCUCGACGAGCCUCGGCCUGCUGUACAACGAGAUACUGAACGCGCCAAACUGCCUGCUGAGCAGCAUAGAGCAGAUGAUUAACCUGACGCUGCAGAGAGACCACCAGGUGUACACAGGAGAGUCGUCGAAGCUGUUGCUCUUCAUCACGAGGCUGACAGUGUACAUAAGCAACUACAUCAAGGUCAUCAUCGAGUAUAACCUGGACCCGACGAACGCGACGAACAGAAGCAAGGAGGAGGGAGAUCAGCCGGAAGUGGAGGUGCUCUACGACAACCUGUUCUACGUGCCGGAGAUCAUAGUGGGCGCGGAAAACCUGAAGGAGCUGCAGGUCUUCCAAGCAAGAAUCAACAAGCUGCUUCGAGAGUCAGCACGAGUGCUGACGAAGAGAGCGAUCAAGGCGGAGCAGGCGAACGAGCACAACACAGCAGCAUCAGCAAUGGCGCACGUGGCGCUGAUAUACAACUACCUUAUCCUGCUGAAGAGCAGUGGCAGCUCGCGCUGUAGCACAUCAAGAGGCUCGGCGAGGACGACGGCAAGCGAGUCGCCGCGAGAAGACGCGGAUCAGCUGUACAUAAAGCUGGCGAGCUGCAUCUUCUUCGUCUUCGUGCACCACCAGUUCAACGUGGAGCACUACACAGGCAUGGACGGAGAGUUGGAGGAGGACCCGCUGUGCCUGCCGGACAUGGAAAUGUUCAACAUCAUGCAGACCUCGAGGAACCUGCUGCUCAACUACUUCAGAACGACGAAGGACGUGACCACGAAGAUGGAGCUGCUGGUGAAGGUGGUCUCGCAGCUGUCGUCGACGAGCGCGACGGGAGAGGCGACGAGGUCGGGGCACGAGGAGGACCUGUGGCAGGAGAUACUGACGCCGUCGCCCUCAGGAAGGUUCACGAAGGCGUCAGCAGCACAGAAGGCGCUGGUGCAGCUGACGAACGCAAGUUCGGACGAGCUGGAGAUCGACGACGUGCUGCUGGAAAGCUUCUACGUAGACGAGGAGUUCGAGGACGCGGCGCAGGGAAGCUGGGGAUUCGACUCUCAGGUGGCCUCAGGGAUCAAGGAGGAGACGCCGACGGCGCAGCAGCAGAAGGAGGAAAAGGAAAAGCAGGACAAGGGGCUCGUGGGAAACACGAAGACGCAGGUGAUCACGAAAACGAACAAGGCGCUGAAGCAGUCGAAGUCGCUGGGGAAAAAAAUGUACCGAAAGCUGAAGAAGAAGGGGAAGACAGUGGAGGAGGUGACGCCGCUCGACAGGUACGAGGCGUGGCUGAAGAUGAAGGUGAUGCAGCACUGCGACGUCGAAAUCAACUUCCAGACGGCAGAGUUCUCGCUGAAGAAGAACAAGCUGCAGCUGCUGGGACACUGGGUGAAUAAGUACGACCACUUCGUGGACAUAUUCGGGAAGGUGACGAACAAGACGACGAUUCAGUCGGCGACGGUGCAGCUCCACAGGAACAGGCACUGGCUGCGGCUGACGGGCCGCGAGUACGACCUGAUCAAGUGGGAGCCGCCGGAGCAGCAGUACCAGCUGACGAACAAGACGCCGUUCAAGUACGCGAAGCCGCCGAAGGGGCUGGAGUGGGUGACGAGCGUAAUGGAACCCUUUGUAUCGCAAUACGCGUCGAAGUGGAGUUUUUACAUAGACAGAGACGUAGUUGACGGAGUUAACAACGCGAGGAGUGUGACGGCAGAUAGCUUCUACGACGAUUUCGAGUACGGAGAGGAGGAGGCGCUGGACAGCGUAAUGCUGUACGCACAGUACACAACAGAUCAGUACAGUGUGGGAAGUGUCCACAGCAUGGCGAUGGCGAGUGGGACGAGCAGUGUGCCAGUGGAAGAGUUUUACCAGAGUGGCAUGUGCAAAAUGGUGGACUACAGCGGGACGUACGUGCCGCAAGCACACGAGGGGCUGAUAAGAAUAGCAACGGACACGUUUAACACAAUCAGUAACGUCAUCACGGACACAGCGUCGACGAUCACGAAGCUGGCAGGAACGAGUAGCAGCAUAAACAAGGAAGUGUACCUGACGAAGUCGCCACCAUGCGUGUAUGUGUUCGACAUAGUGGAGGUGGGAAGAACAUGGUACAGGUCGCUGUGCUACAGCAGCGACGUGACAAUGUCGUUCUCCUCGUCGAUACCGAGGUACAUAACGACGACGUCAACGACGACGAGUCCGAAGAAGAGUAGCAUCGUGCUGGGAGACCCGAGAGACCUGAGUAACACAUCGACGGACGAAAGUCUGCUGAUAAUAAGACACGCACAAAGUCAGCAGGUAGCAAAGGAGAGCGCGAGAGAAGGAGCGAGGCACAAGACGUGCGUGGAGUACGAAAUGCUGAUACUGCCGAAGCUGCUCAACGGGCUCCUUCCACAAGUCCUGCUGGAGGAGUACCAGUUCUGGCAAAACCUGAAGACGUCGGAUCUGAUAGGGUACCCGAUGAGUUCAGUGCAGAGGAAGGCCGGAGAAAAGGAGAAGGACGUGUUGGCGAUGGACCCGACGGAGGAGGACACGUCGACAGCCCAGGACCUGACGAAGAAAAAUUACCUGCAGGUGGAGCUGGUGACGAUAGGGCCGAUGGACCCGAGUUACUUUCAGCAGUCGGACGCGAGAGCGCUGGUGAGCAGAAGGAACAAGUACACGGAGGAAGUGUACAACCUGGUUAACCUGCAGAACACGAAGGACGCAACCAUCAGAGAGUUCGUGGCGACGCUGACGAGACUAGACGACCUGUCGCACGUGCUGGCAUGGUCGCUGCAGACGAGUCUGCAGGCGUCAAACGUGAGCCCGGCAAACACAUUCGGCUCGGACGUUACGCCGACGAAGAUAGACCUUAUCGAGUACGCGAAGCUAGGUCUGACCUUCAGACUGGACGCGACGAAGGCGAACAGCAACCGCUACAUCUGCGACGAGUACAACGGACUGUACCUGAACUACGGAGACGUGAACGCGAGUCCGCUGACGAGUAGGCUGAUCAGAGGGCUGGAAAACUCGCUGCUGCUCUCGGACGACGACGGAGAGCUUUAUAUUUUGGUGAGCACAGUGCGCUGCCCAAUGAGAGUGUACCCGACGGUGCCGCAGUCGUCAGUGGCAGCACAGACGAUAUACAACUACCUGCUGGGCCUGGGAUGGCCGGAGCUGGUCUACGACGGGCACAACACGAACUGGCUGAACAACCUGGACAGCAAGCACUACCUCUACAAGGUGCACACGAGCAGAUGCUUCCUCUUCGUGCCGACGAGCAGCAGCCUGCUCUACCUGCUGAUGUGCAGGUUCCUGGACAGACAGUACGAGCAGGUGUGCAGGCUGAGCAGCAACAUGAUAUUCGACCAGGUGCAGAACGACGAGUCGAUACUCUACUGGUCAAUCAUAUCGAAAAUCGACUCGAACACGGACACGCACCCGGACGCGUACGCGAGCAGACUGCACAUCCUUCUGGCGGCGAACAAGCAGGGGAUCACGAUCAGCAAGGGGAUCAACAUCCUGACGGUGUCGACGAACAAGUUCAAGAAGGGCCUGAGCACGUUCAAGUCGAUCUUCUCUGGACAGACGAAGAGCGCGUCGCAACCGACAUCAGCAGGGCAUCAGCAGAGCAAGGAUGCAUCGCCGAGGCCGGGAGGCGACGACGACAAGAUAUUCAUUAACUGGGUGCUGCACGAGCAGCUGUGCCACUACAUACACCUGAACAGGCUGGUGAGCGCAGGCUGUAAGCUGAGCAUAGAAGAGGAGCUGGAGCUGCUCUCGCUCUGCCAGUCGUACUACCUGCUCAACACGCUCAAGGCGAGCAACAACGCGCUGAUCAGAGAGUACGUGGUCGCCGCGGACGUGGAGCUGAGCGUGCCGAGCAAGCCGACAGUGACGACAUUCGACGAAAUCGUCGACAGGUCAGUGAUAGACAAGAACCUGGUGAUAGACGCAGCGACGUCAUUCACGACGAUGCGCUACAAGAAGCCGCACGAAAUGCAGAGCGGGCCGAACUCGCUGGAGUACAUAGACAAGCUGCUGCAGAAGGGCGUGACGAUCUCGGAGUUCAUGACAGUCUACGAGCUGCUGCUGGGAGUAUUCCCGCUGACGACAUUCCCGAACGAGACUACGCACGGCUGGGGAGCAAUGCUGACGCGCGUUAUCAGCUACAAGGAGAAGGGCGCGAAGAACAUGAUGAUGUCGACGCUGAAGGUGCUCUGCACGAACCCGGGCGUCGCGGCGCACAUGCCGCCGUGCCCGGAGGACCUGAGCAAGAAGAAGCAGUUCGCAGCAAUGUUCACGCGAGCGCACCAGCCGGUCCACAAGUUCAUGGGCGACCUGCAGCGAGUGUUCGGCAGGCUCGAGGAAAACAAGGAGAUCACCUGGGACUCGACGGGGCGCUCGGUGAACCGAAUGGAGUACGUGAUCAAGGCGGACCCCGUGAUCCCGAGGGGGACGCUGACGACGCCCUGGAUGUUCCGCUCCUACAGCACUGACUACGGAAGGUCGGAGUUCGCAAUGAGGCCUGCGACGAUCAUGAAGACGACGAUCACGAGGGAGCUGCUGCGGGACAUGUCGACGCAGCUGAUAUCGGACUCGCUGCUCAGCGACGUGUACACGGCAGCGGCGACGACCAGGGCGUCGGACGACGACGCGUACGGCUUCAGCGAGAAGAACACGCUGCCAAUUGACCUCGACAAGCACUGGAUCAUGAAGUACGACGUGUGCAAGAAGUACCUGGAGAGGCUGAAGCUGGAGUACCAGAGGUACCUGAAGCAGCAGGAGCAGCAGAUGGUGCAAAUGAGCACGUUCGUAGGAUUCGACGAGCAGACAAUAGAGAAGACGCUCAAGGGAGACAAGGAGCAGUUGACGAAAGGAGUGACGCAGCUGACGACGCUGAAGGACAGGCUUUUGAACCUGUUUAAGAGUGACGGACAGUUCAUAGAGACGUCGAUAAAGACAGUGCUGCAAAAGUCGAAUUCUAUCACGCCAGGAACGUACGCGAAUUGGGAAGGAGCGGCAGGAGCGUCAGGACCGGAGGGAAAGAGCAGUCCGAGCGUAGGAGAGAGAAUGAGUAAGCUGGGAGGAAGCAUGAAGACGAUCAUGAGCUCAGCAGUGAAGGGAGGGCUCAGUCAGAACGUGAGUCUGAACAUAAAGAACGCAAUCAAAAGCGUAAAGGCAGGAGAAGAGCAGCUGUUCCCAGACCUGGACUACAACGACGGGAACCUGGCGUGGAGCUUCGUGUUCGGGAAGCUGGCAGGCCUGGAGAACACAAUAACCUUUGAGCACCUGGUGGAGUGUCUGGUGUCGACCAACGGAGACCAGAGUCUGCGCUACCUUAACCCGUUCGUGUCGGACACGAAGGAGAUACUGUCGCUGGUAGCAGCAAUCAUGCUGACAGUUAACAGAAGAAUACACGUGGCAAAGUGCAUAUCGCUGCUGCUGUCGAUACUGCAGGCAAUAAGAAGGUUCUACAACAUGCUCUCGAGUGGAGCAGUGGCGAGUUACGGAAGGCAGGGAGGGCAGGUGUCGACGAAGGAGGAGGAAGUUAACAUGCUGAAGUGUGAGAUAAUAACGUCCUCAAAGCUUCUCUCGGAGAAGCUGAAGGUGUCAAGGCACUACAUAAGGUACGAGGAGACCCUGGGAAUACAGUUCGACCCGAGGCUGCUGCUCUUCGAGUUCAACUGCGGAAUACUGCUCUACAAGAGACAAGUGGAGCUGGUGCAAAACUUCAUGAAAAACGCAAAAAGCAACAGCAGCUGCUGCCACCAAAUGAUCAUGGGAGAAGGAAAGACGACAGUAGUAGGGCCGCUGCUGUCGCUGCUGUUGGCGGACGGAGAGAAGCUGUUCGUGCAGGUGUGCCCGAACUCGCUGCUGGAGUUCACGAGAGCGACGCUGAGAGAGACAUUCUCAGCAGUUAUCAAGAAGAACGUGUACACCUUCAAGUUCACGCGCUUCGACAAGGCGACGCCGGAGCUGUACCUGAAGCUGCUGCAGGCGAAGCAGACGCGGUCGGUGGUGAUAGCGACGCCGACGAGCAUCAAGUCGCUCUUCCUGAAGGUGGUCUACUGCUUCCACAAGCUGGAGUCAGGAGAGCUGAAGCAGGACGUGGUGAGGAGAGUUAACAACCUGCACAAGAAGCUGGUGAGCAUCUGGAACAUGACGAGCACGAAGGUGGUGGACCUGGCGCACACGACGGCAGGAGGCAGCAAGGAAAAGUCGAAGAAGAGCAAAGAUGAGAAGAAGGAGAAGACCAAGGAAAAGGGAGGACAGGGCGCGGGGUCGGCAGACGGGAACGAUUACGUGUACCACAGAGACGUGCAGCUGGAGAUGGACAUGUGUCUGCGGAUCCUGGAGCUCUUUAACAACGCAGUGCUGCUGAUGGACGAGAUCGACCUGCUGCUGCACCCGCUGAAGAGUGAGCUGCACUGGCCGAUGGGACAGAAGGUGCCAAUCUCGCACCUGAACAACAGCGAGUUCCAAAUCAGGUGGCUGCUCCCCUGGCACAUCCUGCGAGUGCUCUACGCGAACCCGGAGCAGCAGAUGGGCAAGGGCGAAGGGCAGAUCUACGCGAGAAUCAGGUCCUGCAUCGAGGAGGCGGUGGCGAACAGCUACCUCUCAAACUUCCCGCACAUCAUUCUCCUCUCGACGAAGUGGUACCAGAACGAGCUGCUGCCGCUGAUGGUGGAGUGGGUGUACCAGUUCCUGCGCACGAAGAACCUGCUGACGGAGAGCUACAACGAAGUGUACCAGUACGUGGUCAACAAGAACGUGAGCAGCAGCCUGAAGACAGUGAAGGUGCUGGUCUUCACGCGCGAGUGGCUCUGCAGCAUAUUCCCGCACGUCAUCGCGAAGGUGAACCAGGUUAACUACGGCAUCCUGAGCCUGAAGCAGAUCGAGGACGGGCUGGCGCACAACCCGAACAUGCCGCAGACGAGGAGGAUGCUGGCAGUGCCCUUCGUGGGCAAGGGGACGCCAGCAAGAGACUCGGAGUUCUCGCACCCGGACGUGCUGAUCGGCUUCACUAUCCUGUCCACGGUCUACCAGGGCCUGCGCUUCUCGGACUUCGUGCUCACGAUCAGGAGCCUCUGCAGCAACUUCUACCAGGAGCCGGGCAAGACGGAGUUCAGGCCCUCGUACAAGCUCUUCAACAGAUGGCUCAACUCAGUGGGCUACUACAGCAACGAGACUGCGAGGAGUACAGGAAGCAGAAACAGCUACCACUACAUAAGGUACCUGGAGGAGGGCGCGUCGGCGAGAGAGGCGGAAGGCAGGAAGGUGAACGGCACUACGACGAACGCUGUCAGCGACGUCCUGAGCGGUGGAGGAGCUUCAGUUCUGAACGGUGUCAACGGCGCUAGACUGAUGAGCGCCACGUCGGAAGGCGCUAAGAAGCAGGGGAAGAGCGAGUUCAGCGAGAGUCUGGAGGACCUGUUUGGGUCGCCAAAGAAGGCUGAGGAGGCGAGUAACGCAGCGACGCACAGAGUGGAGGAGCAGCCAGCUGAGGUGGAAAUGGACAGAAUAUGGUGCCUGGACGGAAUCAACGUCUUCGACAACGAGCAGCUGCUGGCACUCUACCAGAUACUGAAGAGAAGCACGCUCGUGAUGGAGUACUACCUCUGCAAGGUGCUCUUCCCGCUGGCGAUGGAGUACUGCGAGAUGCAAAUGACGGCGACGGCGCAGGAGCUCGGCUCCAGCAUAAUGUUCCCGACGAGGCUGGGCUUCUCAGGAACGCCCUCAGACCUGCUGCCGGUGGAGAUGAACGGAUGCAACUUCUCGCCGGGAGUCGACGGGAAGAUGAUAGCAGUGACGACGGACGAGGCCGUGGUCAGCGGCCCGGUCCUGCUGCCGGUGGGCUGGGACGCGGACGCAAUAAUCAACAUGGUGGCGACGUGCCCGCAGAAGCCGCUGGCGCUCAUAGACACGGGCGCGCUGAUAACCAACUACACGAACUACGAAGUGGCGAAGCUGCUCCUCGUGAGAGGGCUGAGCCACGUGGAGGGCGUGGUCUUCCUGGACGACGAGGACAGGCAGAUGAUUCUGCUCAGGAACAAGUGGACGGUGACGCUGCUGGCGCACUGCGGAAUACCGCUCCAGAAGCGCUUCAGCUUCUACGACCAGAUACACUCCACGGGGCAGGACAUAAAGCAGGCGGCGCGAGCAGUGGCGUACAUCACGAUAGGCCCGGACAUGACCUUCAGAGACUUCGCGCAGGGCGCGUGGAGGAUGAGGGGCAUAGGCCAGGGGCAGACGAUUAAGAUAAUACAGCCGCCGGAGAUCAACCAGCAGAUCACGUCGGUGACGAACAACAAGGGAGUGCUCGGAUGCAUAUGUUGGUUGCUGAUCAGAGGGCUGCUGAACGAAGUGAGGCUGGGAAGGCUGCUGAUAGAACAGUGCGUGGAGAACAUAGCGAGGAAAAAGUCGUUUCAAGCGCUGAUACAAGACCACCUGAACAUAGGAGGGAACGUGCACCUUGGCGCGCACGUGCAGCUGUUCAGAGAGUUCAGAGAUUUCUCAAUACCGAACACUUUCGCGCCAAAGGUGACGCUGAACAGAAGGAUCCUGGACUUCAGCGCAAGACACCAGAUCUCACACACCCAGCUGCACUCGAUCACGUCGUUCCUGAAUCAGCACGACAUAACGGACGACAGCGCACACACGAGUAACUCGACAGACUUUGACAUCGCGAGAAACAAGGUUAACGUGUCAGGGCCGUCAUACAGCAUGUCAGGACAUAGCUCAGCAAGAACGAGCAACAUAAGCCAGAUGAAUAAGAUGAACCAAGAUCUGUUUGCACUGUCAGAUGAAGAGGACAUGUUUGAAACGCAGGACCAGAUGGAAGUAGCACCGAGGCAGUCGCACAGCAAGGAAGUAAACGACUACCUGGGAAUGGAGAUAACAAUCGACGACGACAGAAGCGACGAGGACCUGGUGUACUGGCCGCUCGACAGCCUGAUCGACGCAAACGCACAGCUGGAGUUCCUGAGGUGCAGAGACUUCUACCUGUACAGAAAGGACGGGAACAAGUACAGGCUGCCCUUCCCAGAGUACGUGACAAUAUCGCCGAACUUCUACAAAAUACGCUGGUCGGAGCACACGUACAGAAGAAUGAAGAACGUGCUGGUGGUGGUGGACGUGUGCAACGACAAGUCGAACCAAAUAAUAUCGCAGCUGACUGACUUCGGCCAGUCUCUAGAGCAGGGCUUGUAUAACCAGCAACAGCAGCCAGUAGCGGCUGAGGCGGCGAUACCACAGAACGUGGUGUACGACGUGAUGAAGGGCUACGAGGCGCUGGACACGAGCAAGCACGCAGUGGCCGGGCAGGGAGUGGCAGGACUGGUGAUGGACAUAGACACGGUCCUGUCAAUACUGCACGCAGUGGACCCGGAGGGCCCUGACGAGUGGGAGUUGAUAUGCGAGAUGGUGACGGCGAACCUGAACAAGUACAGAGCGGAGAACAAGACGAACAUGAUAGGAGUCAAGGACUUUUUGAGCUGCAUGAACCCGCUCUACGCAGUCGACGCCACGAGGAAGUACAUCGUGGUGACGCUGGCGGAGGCGGAGGCAAUAAGAGCGUGGCUGCACAAAAACAAGGCCACGAAGACGAAGAUCGCGCUGAGGCACCUGGCGGCCAAGUUCCAGCCCUUCGACUCGAGCGCAGUGUACGCCCCCAAGUACUUCGACAAGCUGCAGAGCCUGGUUGGUCUGCAGUCGAGGAUCGUCAACAGCUGCCUGCGCUUCUUCAACUCGGAGAUACAGUUCUCGGAGGCGCAAAUCGCCAUCCUGACUACAGUCUUCAGGAACGUGAGUCCGCAGGACAGACUGAUGUUCUACCAGAACCUGCGGGAGACGCGCCUGGUGGUGCAGAACAUCAAGGUGGCGCUGAGCUGCUGCGAGAUCCUGUCGAAGGUAUUCACGUCGACCGCAAUCGACGACUUCGCAAUGCGCCUGCUGGGCCUGAGGUUCCAGUACCUGAUGGACCAGAAGGGAGGCCCGUCGUGCCUGCUCUCAGCAAUGAAGUGCGACAGAAUGUCAUUCGCACACAUGGAGAGGAUCCUGAGCCCGAACCCGCAGAAGCCGAUCGCGAAGAGCGCGGAGAUGAAGGCCUUCUUCACCAUGGUCGACACGGACUGCGACGGAGUGAUCUCGCUCGAGGACCUGCAGAACAUAUACGAGGAGCCCUCAAAGCCCUCAAUCACGAAGAUCAUUGCCUCGGUGCAGUUCACGAUGGUCAAGUAUAAGCAGAUAAGGCUGGUGGCGAGUUGCGCCGCGCUGGCGGCGUUCACGGCGAAGAGACUGACGCACGUGAAGUCGGAGACGGCCGUGACCUCGCAGUACUUCGUGCUGCUGAACCCGAAGCAGGCGCCAUCGACGCAGGGGAGCUCGCUCGGGUACAACGCGGCGCUCUCGAGCGUUAACGCGGACAGCAUCCACAUCAACGUGCUCAUGCUGAUCAGAGGGAGCGGAAUCGAGCUAUUCACGAAGCCGCCGAGCGACUUCAGGAUGGUCUGGAAGGACGCGCGCGAGCCGAGCCUGGCGCUGUGGGAGCCCGAGGCGCCGGAGGGCUACACGAGCCUGGGCCUGGUCGCCUCGACCGGGAACAGGCCUCCCAGGAGCUGCGUCCACUGCGUGCCGAAGAAGUGGCUGGAGGCCGCGGAGAAGUACGAGACGUUCGCGCUCGAGGGCCUGGGCGAGCGCGGCGAGCCUCUGGAGCUGGCGGUUUACUUGUCCGAGGGUGUGCUGAGCCUCGAGGCGCCGCGCCGCCUGCUCCACGAGAACUUCGCGCUUCAGCAGGACUUCUUCGACGCCACGAACAUUCCGGCGGUGCUCCAGCUUUAG